AUGAGGAUGAUUCACAUGAUUCUUUUUCUUCACUUUGCUACAUUAUCCAGAUCAGAUCAGUUUGAGGUUGUUGGUCCAGUUGGUCGUCUUGUUGCUGUAGCUGGUGAAGACCUGGUUCUGCCCUGUUCUCUCAAACCCAGCAUCAGUGCUGUGGACAUGAAAGUGCAGUGGAGUAGACUCCAUGGAUCAGACACUCUAGUGCAUCUGUACACAGAACAUGAAGACAGAAAUGAGAACCAGAUUCAGUCCUAUAGAGGGAGGACAGCACUGUUUAAAGAGGAACUGCAGAAAGGCAACACUUCAUUAAAACUCUCCAGAGUGAGAGUCUCUGAUGAAGGAGAAUAUAAAUGCUUUGUUCGAUCUCUCAGUUGGUAUGAUGAUGUUACUACUGAAGUCAGAAUUGAAGCUGUAGGAACCCACCCAGUGAUCUCUAUGGAGGGCUAUGAUCAUUCAGGAAGACUGAGUCUACUGUGUGAAACUAAAGGCUGGCAUCCACAGCCUGAAGUUUUGUGGUUGGACAGUGAAGGAGAGAUUCUCCCUGCUGAGAAUACAGAGACAGACAGAGACACAGAGGGUUUCUGUGUAAAACAACGUGUUAUUGUACAGGACAGUAACACCAACAGAUUCUUCUGUAGAGUAAUAAUGAGAGACCACAUGAUGGAGACAGAGAUUUUCAUCCAGAUGGAUGUGACUCUGGAUCCUGACACAGCUCAUCCCAUUCUGAUCCUGUCUGAUGAUGGAAAAGAAGUGAGACGUGGAGACAGACGACAGAAUCUCCUUGACAACCCAGAGAGGUUUGAUACAUGGCGUAAUGUCCUGGGAAAGGAGGGGUUCUCCUCAGGGAGAUUUUACUAUGAGGUGAAGGUCGGGGGGAAGGAGUGGGAUUUAGGAGUGACGGGGGAAUCUUCUCAGCGGAAGGGGAAUAUGUCUCUGCAGCCCGAGUAUAGAUACUGGACUAUAUGUCUGAGGAAUGGAGAUGAGUAUUGGGCAAAUGACUCUCCCUCUGUCCGCCUCUCUCUGAAACACAACCCCCAGAGGGUGGGGGUGUUUGUGGAUUAUGAGGAGGGUCUGGUCUCCUUCGAUGAUGUGGAGGCCAGUUCUCAUAUCUACUCUUUCACUGGUCAGUCUUUCACUGAGAAACUCUAUCCGUUCUUUGGGCCAGAAGUAAAAAAUAAAGGCGAAAUCUCAGCCCCACAGGUCAUCUCUCCUGUCAGUUAA